CGUCCAGCGAAUCUAAUGGUAAGGUAUUCAGCCUUAGGCACCCAAUGAGCGUUUAUAAAUCGAAAUUAAGCCGCUAUUUUACGAGCAUCCCUUGCGCUUCGGUUCCAGUGGCGCUCAAUAUUAUGCAAAGAGUUCUAUAAGCAGUUGCAUUAUUACGACGCGCAGCUGUGGCCAAGGCUCGGCGGGAUAAUCACGUGGGCUGACUGUACAGAACUGAUAGUAUCCCGGUCCCCGAGCCGUGAAGGAUUGAGGAAACAUUAUUUCUCUCACUGCGACAAAUUGACUGGUAAACACUAUGGCGGCAGGAAACCCUCAGGUGAUCCAAUGGAUCGUAGAUACGCGCAACCUCUGGCCAGAGGCUAAGAAGCCGGCACAACUACAAGAUGUGGCCGCUGAGUACCUGGCUCUUCUCACACCAGAGGAGAAAACUGGUGUGCUGAAAUACUUUUUCGUUCGAGAUGCCAAAAUGUCCCUUGCCUCGCAAUUUCUCAAACAUUAUGUUCUGAGCAAAACUUUGGGAAUCCCAUGGUCAUCUACCAAGAUCACACGGGGCCUAAACGGAAAGCCCAUAUAUGUCGCAGCAGAUGGCAGUCAACCCGUUCAUUUCAAUGUCUCGCACCAAAAUGGCAUUGUGGCCUUAGCUGCUGUAGCAGGGUACGAAGGUCCGGGUUCAGCCGAGAUCGGUGUGGACGUCGUUUGUGUCAACGAGCGCGAAGCACGGGACCAUCAGAUGAUCAACGCAGAGGGCUGGGUCAAAUUCGUGGAUAUGCACUCAGACGUGUUCGGAGCCUCGGAGACCGAGGAUCUCAGGAACACGACGUCGGUGAGACGUUCCAAGGGGGCGAUCGACGCCCAAUUACGGAGAUUCUACGCGCUGUGGUGUCUUCGUGAAGCCUAUGUCAAGAUGACCGGUGAGGCGUUGCUCGCGUCAUGGCUCCACGAACUUGAAUUCCAAGACUUUAGGGCACCAGACCCGGCAUUGGCGGAUGUACAAGCUGCGGGAGAUCCGGAAAACACCAUUAUCCGCAAGCAUGAGGUACUGUUUAAAGGGGACAAGGUUGACAAUGCGAAUAUUUGCCUCAGAUCUCUGGGAGCAGACUACAUGACUUGCACAGCUGUGAGAACGCCCGCAGACAAGGGGAUUGCGUUGGGUUGGGAAUUGGGACCAUUUGAGACGAUUGAUAUUGCUACGAUAUUGAAACAUGCGACGUCCUAGGGUACAUGCCUAAUGCUAGGGACGAAGUAGUAUCGAUAGAGAAUUCGAAAUUUAGUUGAUCUCCCGUGGGAUACAUGCGUCUUCGGUAUGUUGAUGAUGAGCCCAACGU